GGCCGCUGUGCAGUGAAGACGUGAGUUACUCCGCAGGGGUCGUGUCGCAGCUCUUCGCUACUGGGUUCACUCCUAGUUUCGAGUCAUAUCGUACCUCUUCUUAAAAACACUGGCCAGAAAUCCUAAGAGAAAGUGGAGGUUUUGUCUUACCGUAUGGGUCUGACGGAGGUGGUCAUCUACAGUACAUAGAGGUGCCUCUACCAGAUUUCCCCAGGUCUCAAAUGUGAAGACACGUGGGGGGCGCCGUCUGCUGAUCACGUCUCAACUUGCUGAAGACUUCCAGGAAAGCUUGAACAAAAAUGACACAGUCUGCUCUAAAGAAAACGGGAGAGGGAACCAAAACUUUACCUGCACAGUCACUGCUGGUAUGGGUGGGGCUAGUCUCACUAACGACCAUCGUCAUGGUUCCUCUAGCAACAGCCCAAUUUGGAACGUUUUCUGACCUCAAGGGUGAUUACUGCAGAGGAAGGCGUCCUACAUCGUGCUGUGAUGGGAGAUAUGAUGAUUGUUCCAUGCCUAUCCGCGGGACGUUGUGUUACUGUGAUCAGUUCUGCAACAGAACCUACAACCCAGACUGCUGCCCGGAUUACUGGGAAAUUUGCCUGGGUUUCUCUCCGCCUGCCGAGAUUGUUGGAUGCUACAAGGCCGGGCUCUACAUCCCCAGCGGCCACAGCUACAAAUUUAACUGUAACGAAUGCCACGCUACAAAUGAGGAGCUACAAUGCAGUAAUGAAUUCUGUAGAAUGGACACUUCCCUGCGGAACUCCAGUAUCAAUCACCCCCAGCAAUUCGGUUCACGGCCACCCAAAUACUCAAAAUUUUGGGGGAGGAAGGGGCCCGAAAGGUCUGUGCUCCGAAUGGGACACCACCCAGAGGGUCUGUCAAUGAGAAUGCAUCCAAUCCACCUACGUCCUGAUGUCUCUCACAUUCCCCGUUAUUUUGACGCCCGCAAUAAACGUGAAUGGCAAGGUCGAGUGAGUGGCGUGAGUGACCAGGGAUGGUGUGGCGCUUCCUGGGCUUUCUCGACUCUCGGUGUCACUCAAGACAGGUUGUCUAUCGAGUCCCUAGGGAACGAGUCAGUGAGACUGGCACCACAACACCUCAUCAGCUGUGAUAGACGCGGCCAGAGUGGCUGUCAGGGAGGACACGUAGAUAGGGCCUGGCAGUACCUCAGGAGGAUUGGGGUGGUUAAUGAAGAGUGUUACGCUUACGAGAGUGGAAGGACAGGGCAGGUUCCAGUCUGCAGGAUUCCCCACAACGCUAACCUCUUCAGCCUCCGCUGUGCUGCCGAAGAGGUGGUAUAUCAGAGGAAUGACUUGUACAAGACUGAGCCAGCAUAUCGUAUCUCAGGGAAGGAGAUCGACAUUCAGUGGGAGAUCCUCACCAAUGGCCCUGUUCAAGCAAUGAUGACAGUACACAGCGACCUGUUCAUCUAUGAGAGUGGUGUAUACUCCUUCACUGGACUGGCAGGGCAGGAGACAGCAAUGCACUCUGUCAGGAUCAUUGGAUGGGGAGAAGACAAUUCUCUAGGAUCUGUUCCUGUCAAAUACUGGCUGGUGGCUAACUCCUGGGGCAGUGACUGGGGAGAGAGAGGCUUCUUCAGGAUCCGCCGGGGCACCAACGAAUCUGAUAUUGAAUCUUUCAUCAUUGCUGUUCGGGCACGUCUUGGUGCUUACGCCACAAGUAGUGAAAGAAAUGCUUCUCGAAGACCAGGAUCACGCAGCUAUCGCAGCCGUAACCGUGUUCAGGAAUACCAUGAUAAGAACUAUUAAGAGUGUCGAAGGAAUGUUAUUGUGGCUUGUGAUUACUUAUUUCUUUAAUUUGCAUUGAUUCAUAAACCCAUUAUUAUAUUGCAUAUGAAAUCUUCAGAGAAUUAGUUGGUAAAUAAUAAAAAAUGUAUAUUUGUUUAUAGUGUAUUAAUAUUGUAAUAAAGUUGGUAGAAUUACUGACAAUAUGUAAAGUAAAAGGACACAAGUGCAACUAAUGUGACAUUUUCAUUGUGGCAACGUUUCGCUCUCCAGGAGCUUUAUCAAGCCGUUACAAGCUGUUAUCAAGCCGUGUCCAUGUACUGUUUAUAACGGCUUGAUAAAGCUCCUGGAGAGCGAAACGUUACCACAAUAAAAAUGUCACAUUAGUUACACUUGUGUCCUUUUACUUUAUAUAUUAAUAUUGUAAAUCAAAUACCUUUGUUUGUGCUAGGGUUUAAGUUAAGCAAGCAAUGAUGAAAUAUCUUAAAAAUAUCCAAUUAGAACAGUGGAUAGAUGGUACUUAUGUGAAAAAAAUCCUCCUUAUUUAAAGAAAAUUAUGUUAACUGUGUGCAUUUUUCGAAUUUUAGCAUGGGCAUGUCAUUUAUUGCUUUUUCAAAGUCUAUGGUGUUAGGCUAUCAGAAGUUCUUGAAUUAACCAAAUUUUGAGUUUUGGUCAUAAAAAAUUAUUUUAAAUUGUAGUCCCUUAUUCUGAUUAGCGCCUUACUAAAUGCUGAGUCGUAUUGGGAUUUCAGUAUCUCACUUAGUUCUUUGCUGUCAUCUAUGUAAGUCCCAUCUCAUUUAAAACAGGGGCCCAAUACUGGAUGUGGGUUUUUGUCCUAGAUUUGCCAUAGGAAAAUAAAUAUAUAUUUUUUUUAAAUUUCA